AUGAACAAAGGAAACACUGAAACAGUAAACAGGAGCCGGAUCCGGCGGAAGUCUAUAUCUUUCGUUCGUUCCUUAAAUCCAAGCGACAUAAAUAAAAUCACCAAACCAAACUUAGGCUCCGGUGAAAAUAGCCGGAGCUCCAAUUCAGUUGUCAUCCAUGUCAGUUCAAGACAUUGCGGAAUCGGCGGUGGUGUCGCAGCUUCUUUGGUGGUUGACCACGGCGUUCUUCUCGGACUUCGACUUGCCUUAUACGCCUAUAAAAGCUUUGUCAGAUUCAGCACACAUACCUCCGCCCUACGGAAAAUUCAGCAGGCGCCUUCCGUUCCGGUCUCCGAUCUCCGCUCACUUCUAUCAUCUUCCGGUCAUGAAAAUUCCAACGCCGGAAAGUCUGUGAUUGUGCGCGGCUCCGUCGAAGCUAAAUCCGUUUUAAUUGGCCGCAUCAGCAAUUGGAAGAGGCUCUUCUCACGCGCUGCCCCCGCCGGCUUACUUAUCUUUCAUGAAUCCGGCGAAAAAGGCGUCAUACUGCAUCGAACUCAAUCGUGUAAAUACGAUAGAUGGGCUUCUGCUUUAUACUACUUCUUUGCAGGGCCAGAGUCGUCCAUAGAUAGAACGGUGCCAUUUAUUCUUGUUGAACCUAAAAGGUGGCGUCAGCCUGAUUAUGUCAUUGUGGACAUGGAAGGGUCAAGUCACAAACUACCUUUAACUACAAUUCAUCAUCAUUUACAGCCGGUCACUAACCCCCCUUAUGCUUUUCUCCAGGCACUGUUUGGCCAUGAGUAUCCAGUUGGACUGCUUGUUGAAGAGAAACUUCUUCCGCUCGGGAAGGAAAUCACUGGAUUUGGCAUUUGCAGUAUGAGGGAUGGAACUCCUGUGAUCAAAUCAUGCGAAGAUCUUCCCUGUUUCCUGUCUGACUUGACUAAGGAUCAAAUGGUUGAGCAUCUAGAAUACAUAACCAAAGUUCAAUUCUGUAGUGGGAUUGUUGUUGGUUCAGUGGCUAUUUGUAUACUUGGUUAUGCGGCAGUAAGGUACUGGAAGAAAGUGAAAGAAUACUGGAAUGAAUUGAAAGAAUGGAGACACCAAUGGCAGAGUCAAGUGCAAAACAUCACAUCUGAGGAUUACUCCAAACUUGAAGAGGCAGCAGAUGAGCAUAAUGGAGAAGUUCCAGAUGGACAAUUGUGUGUGAAAUGCUUGAGGUGA